AUGGAGAUCCAGAUAUCGGACGAAGUUAUUCCCUCCCGCUCGAUGUCUCCAACCUUGUACGACCUGCUUGGCAUUCCAAAGGGUAUCCCUUUCCCUUCCAAGCAAGAUAUUUCCAUGCUUGGUCCGGAUACCUAUCUCAAGGUUUCAACACCGGCCAAGUUUCCAAACACCGUGGACGAAAACAAAGCUAUACAACUCCUGCUUCAAAGUGGUUUAACACCUGAGCAGAUUAUUGACUUUGUCAAGAUCCACAAAGCUUCAAAGGAGACUGGCAACCAUGAGGCUCUAGAUAUCAUCUCGGGCGUCCAAGCAAAUGAACUACUGGAGAGGAUCCAUGGAGUCGAGUCCCGUCUGGUAUCAGCAGCGCCUACAAGCUCGAACAUAUUUGUAUUCACAGCCCGACCCACGUCUAUCAGGUUUAUGCGCGAGCCUUCCGAAGACUUUGACAAGAAGCCAGAUGCUUCUUUCCAAGGCGCUAGCCGUGUAUACACCACUAUCAUGGAGAGGCAUAAAUCCAGGAAUGUACCAGAGUCUGUAACCAUGUCAGAAGCUAUGGACAUUCCAGGGCCUGUAAAGACCCAUCGACGAGGCUGCCCAGGGAAUUGUUGGAACUGUAAGCCCAGGGAACUGAAGCCAAGGACAUACUGGACUUCCUUCAAGAAGUUUCGCGAACACUACAAGGUACAUCUGGAAGAUCAUGGUGUCGAAGGCCAUCGUUGGCAAUGCCAUCUAUGCGAUCAUGAUUCAUUUGGCGGAAACGGACACGACCUUAUGCAACAUCUAUGGGAUGCUCACUUCAAUUGA